AUGGCUUCAACAUAUUACUACUACUAUGAAAUCGAUGAUGGUAUCGAAGUUCAUGACACUGCCAUACCUUUCACUACCACUUGUCCUUACAUGCCAGGUCAACCAGUCAAUAUUCUUUGGGUACAGUCGAAGUUUCAACACCAAGACUUCGAAGUGGGUCCAUGGAUUCUGUAA